GCUGUUACUUCUUUGGGAGUUGAAUUCUUUCAUGGAAAUGGCUUCAAAAGACUCUAAAUUCAACUUGGCGGAUGAAGAGAUAAUUUUUACAGGAAGACUGAAAACUGUUCUACCAAGAACAAUCAGGAAUCUAAUUCGGACAAAUAAACUCAGCAUAACCAAUACCUCUGGAAUGGCAGAAGGUUUUAAGCAAGCAAAUAUCAUCAUUCUGCAUAAAUCUCUUGCGGAUGACUUUGAAAAAUUCUGCCAAGCAAACGAUGGACCACUUCCACUACUGUAUAGAAGUGAUCCAGGUGAAUGGAAAUGCCCACCGUUGAGCAACAAUUCUGAUAUUAGAACUGACUGUUUGCAGUACAGAAAGUAUGAGAAUGGAGAAUGUACAGGUCUUCUGAAAAAUCUGAAAGAAUAUUCUGAACAGCUUAAAGACAUGGUGACUUUCUAUCUGGGCUGUAGUUUCACCUUUGAAAAGUUGCUCCAGAAAGCUGGUGUUCCUGUAAGAAAUGUGGAACAGAAAUGUAAUGUGAGCAUGUACAAGACUGCUGUGCCUUGCUAUGGUACUGAAAAAUUUAACUGUAAUCUAGUAGUAAGCAUGAGACCUAUUCCGAAAGACAAACUGGACAUUGCUGUGCAAACAACGUAUCCACUGAAAAAAUCCCAUGGAGCACCAGUUCACAUUGGUAGUCCUGAUUUUUUAGGAAUCAAAGAUCUGUCCAGUCCCAGUUAUGGAGAUACAGUACAGGCUCAACCUGGAGAUGUUCCAGUCUUUUGGGCUUGCGGGGUAACAGGCGCAGAAGCUGUCUGCAAUUGCAAAUCUCCACUGGCUUUUACCCAUUCUCCUGGCUGCAUGUUUAUCAGUGAUUUGAAAGAUAUUGAUGAUGAUGAUGCACCUCCUUGUGGUAGAGAUCCUCCUGAAGUUUGUUGCAUUGGGUGGAAUCCUUUGCAUUAUAGCAUUGCAUCAGCAACAGCAGUACAAAAAAUCAGAUGUCUAGAAGACAUGAUAGGAAUAGAUCCAGGAAACAGAGGUGUGAAACAUUUGUGCUCUCAGAAUGAACUUCUGAAAGCAUGUCUAUCCAUUUCUCAUGCACAAUCAGUGUUAAUUACGACUGGAUUUCCUACCCACUUCAAAUAUGAGCCGCCUGAAGAGAACGAUGGUCCUCCUGGAGCCAUUGCAAUGGCAGCCAUGUUGAAGGCCUUGGGGAAAAAUGUUUCUAUAGUAACAGAUCAAAGGGCUCUCAGUUUGAAUAAAAAGAUAAUCAAGGAGGCAGUCGAACAAGGAAUACUGGAGACACCAAUCCCCAUAAUUAGCUACUGUAGUCAUUCUACAGAUUCAGCUUUGAAGUUUUUAUGUGAAGAUGGAGAUACAAACAAGCCCAAGCCAGUUCUCUUAACUAGUCUGUCUACAAAUGUGUGCCAGCACCCUGCAGAGAAACGUUCACCACAUCUUUCUGCGCUUAUUUUAUUUGGAUAUUUUGAGUGUUGUAAUUUAGGUAUCGGGGAUGGAGGAAAUGAACUGGGUAUGGGAAAAGUAAAAGAAGCUGUAAAGAAAUACAUUGCAAAUGGAGAUGUCAUCGCUUGUGAUGUGGAAGCUGAUUUUGCAGUAGUUGCAGGAGUUUCUAACUGGGGAGGUUAUGCUGUGGCUUGUGCACUAUAUAUUCUCAAUACAUGUGAAAUACAUGAUCGUUAUCUGAGAAAAGCUGUUGGAUUUUCCAGAUUGUCCAAAAAAGUGGACUGGACAUCAGCAUUACCCUCUGUGGCUAAGGAAGAAAAGUUGCUGAACAUACUGCAACAGAACCAAGUCCGUAGUGGACUAACCGCCAGUUUAGAAAUGGAAGUGGACGGUCUGCCAUUCUACACUGUCCACUCAUGUUUACUGGAGAAGCUGCUGGAGGAAACCCUGAAAUAGCCCUCCUUGAACAAGUCAUGAAAUAUUGGUCAUUCCUAAAGCCAUGUGUAACACCUAUAAAUGUGUAUAGCAUUGCAUAAUACUGCUAGACCCCCAAUUAUAUAGCAUCACUGUAAGUGACGCACCGUGAUCUUAUUAGAUUCUGUUGAUUUCAGAGUUUGUAAUUGUAUUCAAGUGGAGAACAAUGUACUUUCAGAAUUGGGCCUUUCUAAACGAUCUUCCUAAAACCCACUUGUACUGAUGCAUCCUUUAUCAUGAACAAUAAAUUCGUUCAGAAUAUGGUUUACUCAGUAAAGACAUGAUUCAUCUGGGUCUUUAUCUGCCAAAUCUCAUGUAAAGGAAAAUUCAGCUGUAGCUUCUCAAACCUGUUAGAGAAAUUCAGCUGUUUAUUUUCCCUCUUAAUUGAGACAGAUAAAACAAACACAUUGGCUUCAUAUGACUGAUGUAAAUUAUGGUUCAGAGUUACAUACAGUGGUGCCCCGCUUGAUGCUUACCCCGCCUGAUGUCGAAAACGCUUUCCGAUGAGUUUUUUGCAAUCGCUAUUGCGAUCGCAAACCGUUGGUUCCAAUGGGGUUUUUUCGCUUGACAUUGAU